UUUUAAAGUGGGAUUCCCCGACAACGUGCUUUAGUCAAUUCAAAAUAUUUUGGAAGUUUUUUCUGGGCGAAUCGGAGGCUUUCUCCUGAAAAACACAUUGUGAGUCAACAUCUCUGAGCAGUGGUCCCACCACGGUUGACGCGGCUGUGUGUGAAAGGGAGCAUGGAGACCAACUUCCCCCUCCCUUUGAGCCAGGACACCUUCCAUGAAUUAUGGAACACUGUUGUUUUGUCGACUGAGAAUGAGUCUUUGGCUACAGGUGACGGAUUGCUGGAUCUAAAUAUGGAUUUUUGGGAGAAUGGAGAACUCCCACAGCAGGAAACUAAAAAUGUGCCUGCAGCCCCAAUGGUCCCCGCAAUUUCGAAUUAUGCCGGGGAACUUGAUUUUGCGCUCCAUUUCAAUGAUUGUGGUACUGCGAAGAGUGUUACCUCCACGUUUUCAGAAAAAUUGACCAAACUAUUCUGCCAGCUGGCUAAGACCACUCCAAUUGGGAUAUUGGUUAAGGAGGAGCCUCCGCAGGGCGCCGUCAUCAGAGCAACGGCCGUGUAUAAAAAGACUGAGCAUGUGGCAGAAGUCGUCAAGAGGUGCCCACACCACCAAAGUGAAGACACGUCUGACAACAAGAGCCAUCUGAUCCGAGUGGAGGGCAGCCAGCUGGCCCAGUACUUUGAGGAUCCGAACACCAAAAGGCAGAGCGUGACCGUGCCUUACGAACGCCCACAGCGGGGAUCUGAGAUGACGACCAUCCUGCUGAGCUUUAUGUGCAACAGCUCCUGCAUGGGAGGCAUGAACCGGAGGCCUAUCCUCACCAUCCUGACCCUGGAGACCCCAGAGGGGGAGGUUUUGGGCAGGCGGUGCUUUGAGGUCCGUGUCUGUGCCUGUCCAGGCAGGGACCGCAAGACGGAGGAAGAAAACCUGGAGAAAAAUGGCACUAAGCAGACAAAGAAAAGAAAGAGCGCUCCUGCUCCAGACACAUCCACUGCUAAAAAGUCCAAGUCUGUCUCCAGUGGAGAGGAUGAGGACAAGGAGUUGUACACUCUCCAGAUUCGGGGGCGUGAUCGUUUCUUGAUGUUCAAGAAGCUCAAUGAUGGUCUGGAGCUCAUGGAUAAAAUGGGGCCCAAGAAAAAGCAGGAGGUUCCUGCGCCCUCCAGCGGGAAGAGGCUGCUGAAGGGGGGAAGCGACAGCGACUAGUUUACCGUCUUUCAUUUGUCUUUUGGUUUAUGUUCUUUUUUUAUAUACUCUAUUAUUAAUUUUCAUUUAUAAUGGCAUUAUGUUUUCAUUUAAGUGUAGUAAUUUUUUUUUCUUUUUAUAUUUUUGAAAAUGAUUUGUCAUCACGUAAAAUAAUUGCUUAGUUGGGUUUAAUUAUGUUGAAUUAAGUAUUGACCAGUUUCAAGCCAAAUAAAGCUCUCCAUGGUGUUAAGAGGAAUUUAUUUAGUUUACUAAGCUAUAUUUUCUUAUUUCCUUUGUUUAAAGAUUGGAUAAUUUCAAUGUCUUAUCACUUAUGAUUUAUCUCUUGGAAACAGUUUAUUUUUUUAUUUUUUAUAAGUAGUGUUGGUAGAAGAGGGGCUGGCUGGAUCACCCCCAACACUUGAGCCUUGUUUUGUGUUUUGUGGCCCUGUUUUGAAAACUAAUUUGACACUGAAAAACCGUCUCAGUUUUCCUUCCAGUUACUGUAUUCAAAAUAUGAAUCAAGUCGCAUCUUUACAGCAGUAAAGUGGAUUUUUUUUUUUUUGUUUGUUUUAUUUCCUCCUCUAAACCAGUUGAACCACUUUAAGGCACUUUGGCUUGACGUGACCAAUCACUGACUAAAUGACCACUUUAAACUUAACACUGCCAGAGAAUAUUUAGAGGCAUUUCUGCAACUUUGUAGUUUAGCGAAAGGUUUCGGUUUCCUUUAUAUUCUUUAAAUUUCAUGUAUUUUGUACUGACUUUCUGUUUUAUACUCGAGUUUUGAGCUGAAAUAAACACAUUCAGUCUCAA